AUGCCAUUACCAUACCGAACACAGGAUAUAAGACUCUAUCGAAGCGAGACAGAAUGAACGGCCAACAAUUUCAAACUCCGGACGGACCGGCACCUUACGAAUCGUACAAUAAUAAUCAGGAAUCCGACCAAACAGCCUAUCACCCACAGGAGCAGACGAUCCAGAUGAACGAGCGACAAAAAUACCCUCCACCAACCCUCCUCCCAUACCCUUCGCAUUCGCAAUACCCUUCAAAUCACAUCACACCCGCCCCCCAACUCUACACCGACUACGCCUACGACCCUUUUAAGGAAGAAAAACAACAAAACGUGCCGUUCCGACGACGUAAGAUCUCCAAAAAGUGUUGGUGGUGCAUAGGGAUCGUCGGCGUGAUCGUCCUUGCCGCGGUGAUCGCUAUCGCCGUAGCAUUAGGUUUGAGGGAGAAUAAUGACGAGUGGAAGAAGAACAACCCCUAGAAAUCCUACCACGGAUGAGGAGGGGGAGAAGAGAGGCCAGGGGGAGUUUUGUUAGGAGGAAGAUGUUCCCUUAAGAUCGGGAGCAUCAUGUGUCAUACUUAUACCCGGAUUCCGCUCUGCUGUAAUGAGACGUAAUGUAAUGCCAUG